CCGCGCAGUCAUCUGACGAGUGCGCGCAGUUGACGCUUCACAGCACCACACAGAGAGGGCCACCGUUCUUACUACGGAGAGAGAGACACACACACACACUCGGUCUCCGCCAAGACGCAUCUGUUUCAGGAUUAGGCACUUUAUCAAACACUGAGCCCACAACACUACGAGCCGGAGGUUUGAAACCAGACGAGCGGCUGAAGAGCGGAGGAAAGAAAUCCUGCUGAAAUGUGGCGGGCGACGCUGGAGUAACGGUUUUGGAGUAAGGCUCGAGGGGGAAGCUGUGUGGGUCUUCCAGGGAUGCCAUGAAAAUCACAGGAGCGGAGUAACUCGGGAGAGAGAGAGAGAGAGAGACCGCCGCUCCUCGCUACAAUCACAGACACGCCAGGGGCGCUGGUGGCGGUGGUGGCGGCAGAGAGAGCGAGAGAUGGAUCCAGCUGGAAACAUCCGCUCUUUUAGGUAGCGCUUACGAAGAUUCAGGGAGAGCUGACCCGUCUCUGUCGCGCAGUUUGUAGCCGCCGCCGCAGGGGAGCUGUCUCAAAGGAUGGAUUUCAGCCUGCUCCGGAACAUCAUCAGCAGAUACUGUGCAGGGGAGGAGAACUGGGUGGACAGCCGGACGGUGUAUAUCGGCCAUAAAGAACCCCCUCCGGGUGCUGAGGCCUACAUCCCUCAGCGUUAUCCCGACAACCGCAUCGUCUCCUCUAAGUACACCUUCUGGAACUUCAUUCCCAAGAACCUGUUUGAGCAAUUCAGAAGAAUCGCUAACUUCUACUUCUUGGUCAUAUUUUUGGUCCAGCUCAUCAUCGACACCCCCACCAGCCCAGUCACCAGCGGCCUGCCCCUCUUCUUUGUUAUCACCGUCACCGCCAUAAAACAGGGCUAUGAAGAUUGGCUCAGACACAAAGCUGACUGCUCCAUAAACGAGUGUCCAGUGGACGUGGUGCAGCAGGAGAAGGUGGUGAGGACGCAGAGUCACAAACUACGGGUGGGCGACAUCGUCAUGGUGAGAGAGGACGAGACUUUCCCCUGCGACCUCAUCUUUCUCUCCUCCAGCCGGGACGACGGCACCUGCUACGUCACCACCACCAGCCUCGACGGGGAGUCGAGUCACAAGACCUAUUACGCUGUACCAGAUACCAUGGCCUUUAAAACGGAGCAGGAGGUGGAUUCAUUACAUGCCACUAUUGAAUGUGAACAACCGCAGCCUGACCUCUACAAAUUUGUGGGACGCAUCAACAUUUACAAGGACAAAGAGGAGCCUGUGUCCAGAACACUAGGAGCUGAGAAUUUACUUCUUAGAGGAGCCACGCUGAAGAACACACACCAUAUUUAUGCUGUUGCAGUCUACACUGGCAUGGAGACCAAGAUGGCGCUUAAUUACCAGUCUAAAUCUCAGAAGCGCUCUGCUGUUGAGAAGUCGAUGAACGCCUUCCUCAUCGUGUACUUGUGCAUCUUGAUCAGUAAAGCUGUGAUCAACACUGUCCUGAAGUACGCCUGGCAAUGGUCGCCGGACCGGGACGAACCCUGGUACAACCACAGGACUGAGAACGAGCGCCAGCGCCACGUGGUCAUCCGAGCCUUUACGGACUUCCUGGCCUUCAUGGUCCUGUUUAACUACAUCAUCCCGGUGUCCAUGUACGUCACUGUAGAGAUGCAGAAGUUUCUUGGGUCGUAUUUCAUCACGUGGGAUGAGGAGAUGUUUGAUGAGGAGCUGGGUCAGGGAGCCCAAGUGAACACCUCCGACCUGAACGAAGAGCUGGGACAGGUGGAGUACGUGUUUACCGAUAAGACCGGCACUCUGACCGAGAACAACAUGGAGUUUAUUGAAUGCUGCGUGGAUGGCAAUGUCUACAUCCCACAUGCCAUCUGCAACGGCCAGAUCCUCAGUGCUGCCUCCAGCAUAGACAUGAUCGACUCCUCACCUGGGGGGUACAGGAGAGAGUACGAGGAUCUGUUUUUCCGGGCGCUGUGUCUCUGCCACACGGUGCAGGUGAAGGAGGAGGAGACGGUGGACGGCAUCAAAAGGGGCAUCCAUCAGGGCAGGCCCACUUCCUUUUACAUUUCCUCGUCUCCAGACGAAGUAGCUUUGGUGGAAGGAAUGAAAAGGCUGGGUUACACCUAUCUGCGACUCAAGGACAACUACAUGGAGAUCCUCAACAAAGACGACGAGAUCGAAAGGUUUGAACUGCUCCAUGUGCUGAACUUCGACUCUGUCAGGAGAAGGAUGAGCGUCAUAGUGAAGUCCAUCUCAGGAGAGUACCUGAUGUUCUGUAAAGGUGCAGACUCAUCUAUUUUUCCUCGAGUAGUGUCUGGAAAGGUGGAGCAAGUCAAAGCCCACGUGGAGCAGAACGCUGUAGAGGGGCUGCGGACUCUGUGCGUCGCCUACCGAAGGCUGUCGGAGUCGGAGUACCAGGAAGCGUGUCAUUACCUGACCGAAGCCAAGCUGGCCCUGCAGGACAGGGAGCAGAGGCUGGCUCAGGCCUAUGACGUCAUCGAGAGGGAUUUUGUCCUCCUGGGUGCUACAGCGGUGGAGGACAGGCUGCAGGAGAAAGCCGCGGACACCAUCGAGUCGCUGCACAAGGCUGGCAUCAAAGUCUGGGUCCUCACGGGGGACAAGAUGGAGACAGCCGCCGCCACGUGUUACGCCAGCAAGCUUUUCCGUCGCAGCACCCAGAUUCUGGAGCUGACAAAGAAGCGCACCAAAGAGCAGAGCCUGCACGACGUUCUGUUUGAGCUGAACAGGACCGUUCUCAGGCAGCGCUCCAUAUCUGGGUUGUCAGUGGACUGCCUCGACUUUGGCCUGAUUAUCGACGGGGCAACUCUUUCUGCAGUGCUAAAACCCAGCCAAGAGGUGUCUGGCCAUGGGAACUACAGAGAGAUCUUUCUUGAAAUCUGCCGUAACUGUAGCGCUGUUCUCUGCUGUCGCAUGGCACCGCUGCAGAAAGCCCAGAUUGUGAAGCUAAUUAAAUCCUCCAAGGAACAUCCUAUAACCCUCGCUGUUGGCGACGGCGCCAACGACGUCAGCAUGAUCUUAGAAGCACAUGUUGGCAUCGGCAUCAUGGGUAAAGAAGGCCGACAGGCAGCCAGAAACAGCGAUUAUGCCAUCCCAAAAUUUAAACACCUCAAGAAGAUGCUUCUGGUCCACGGCCACUACUACUACAUCCGAAUCGCUGAGCUCGUUCAGUACUUCUUUUACAAGAAUGUGUGCUUCAUCUUCCCUCAGUUCCUGUAUCAGUUCUUCUGUGGGUUCUCACAGCAGCCUCUGUACGACACGGCGUAUUUAACGCUGUACAACAUCAGCUUCACCUCCCUCCCCAUCCUCCUGUACAGCCUGGUUGAGCAGCACGUGACCAUCGACACGCUGAAGAGGGAGCCCUCUCUGUACAGGGACAUCGCGAAGAACUCCCUCCUCCGUUGGCCCGUCUUCCUGUACUGGACGUGCCUGGGUGUGUUUGACGCGGUCAUCUUCUUCUUCGGUGCCUACUUCCUGUUCGACAACACCACCUUCACCAGCAAUGGCCAGCUUAUGACCACCAACACACAGAUGAUGUUCGGAAACUGGACGUUUGGGACUCUGAUCUUUACUGUCCUGGUUUUCACCGUGACACUCAAGCUUGCCUUGGACACGCGUCACUGGACUUGGAUCAACCACUUCGUAAUCUGGGGCUCGCUGCUUUUCUACGUCAUUUUCUCUCUUCUCUGGGGCGGCAUCAUUUGGCCCUUCCUGAACUACCAGAGGAUGUACUACGUGUUUAUGCAGAUGUUGUCCAGUGGUCCAGCGUGGCUCAGCAUCAUCCUCCUCAUUACCGUCAGCCUGCUGCCGGACGUCAUCAAGAAAGUCCUCUGCAGGGCUAUUUGUCCAACAGCUACUGAGCGAGCACAGGUCAGCGAGAAGCUGCUGCCUGGCGGCGUGGCCGAGCUGACUCCUCUGUCCUUUCGUCGAUCCUACAAAGGCAGGAGCACAGACUCCACCCUCCUCCACCUUGGUGCUGCAGAAACGCUGUCCCUCCACAGCUCCAGUCCUCUUCCCCAGAAACUCCUGGCUCAUCUGGCGGAGGGAGGAGGGUCCGACCUGACCUCUCUCAGCCCCUACAUGCUUCGUCUGUCAGGGGCGGGGUUUGCCUACUACGCUCCUGGACCGGAGACCCCUGUGUGAAAACAAAAAAACAACAGAAACAUCUGAAGAUGUCGUUAAGCUCUCCAUUGCAAGAGUCAAGAAUUUAUUGAGCAUCCCUCAAAAUCAUGGACUCUCCAUGUUCAUCAUGUGCAUUUUCUGGGGUCCACCUGAGUGGACCACUGUUGUCAUUACAAUGCCCGGACUCUUUCUGUCAAAGUUCCCUGUCAGGCUCCUAAUCAGAACAGUUGGAGAACUCAAAGGGAGCCUUGAGCAACUGUCUUUUUUUGUUGCCUUUUGCUUUUUUUUUUGUAAACUCAUCCCCAUUUUUACUCGCAUUAUUGCUCUUCCUUCACUUUCAUGUCAUUUUCUAUUUUAUUUUGUAAAUGUUUGUUUAAAAAAAAUAUGUUGUUCAUAGACACUCUGUGGUCUGGCCAAGUAAGGGGGUAGCAGUCUUGCUCAGCCCUUUAGGUAUGCGUGCGUGUGCAUGUGCUCUAUAAGUACGCAUGUAAUUGCCUGUUUUUUUGUAUGUUUGUACGUGACACACACCUUUACACCUUUGCCUUACAGGUACGCAGCAGAAGUGGGAGCUAAAGGAGCAAAGCGUGAAAAGGAAUUGGCGUUUUACAAAGCCUUACACAGACACACAUACAUGUUCAUUAGUUUUACGGUGCCUUACAAAACUAUUCAUACCUCCUGGGCUUUUUCGCGUCUUGUCUUGUUGCAACCAUUAACUUUAAUUUUGGAGGGGUUUGUGUGACAAAGCAACACAAAGUAGGAAAUUAACUUACCAAAACAUUGGCAAGGAGGAGAGCAUUAAUCAGAAAAGCAUCAAAGAGGACCAUGAUGACUCUGGAGGAGCUGCAGAGGUCCACAGCUUAGGAGUGAGAAUCUGUUAAAUGGAAAACUGAAGAGGCCACUGCUGGACUCGGAAGAGAUCCGAGUCCAGCAUGCAUAAAAGCCUGCAUGCAUAAAAGUGUGUGUGUGGUGAAACUCUAAUCCUGAACACACCAUUGUGGUGUGAAUGCGUUACUUCAACUUGGCGAGUGAAGCCGAUCAGUGUUUAUGGAAAAGUGAAUGAAACUAAACAAAAUGGUGAUUCUGGAAAAUAAAUGGUUUGAAGUUAUUAAAUACAUGGAGUUUAGACAAUCCACCUUGGCUUACAGCCAAAGUUAAAGUGUAAUAGUUUAAAUCAAAGCAGAUUUAUGUGUUAUAAUGACCCAGUCAAAGUCCAGCUAUAGAUACUUCAAAUCUGUGGCAACAUUUUGAUGUACAACAAUGCUCUCGAUCCAAUCCGAGUUGUUAUGCAAAGAUGCUGAAAGCUGAUAGACUUGUAGCUGUUGUUACAGAAAAGGUGAACUCCGAACACAUAUCGGAGUUCACCGAUAUGUGAACUUUUAUUACAUUUAUUAAAAACCACGUAUAAGUUUCCUUCCCCUUAUUCACCACUUUGUGUUGGUCUGCUGCAUGAAAUUCCAGCAAAACACAUUGAAGUCUGCAGUCUAACGGAGUACAAAAAAGUUUAAGGGUUAUGAAUGUUUUUGAAAGGCACUUCAAAGGGGAGAUGAAGCAACUCAAGAGGAAAGUGCAGUAUUUUAGCCACCCUGCCUUAAUUCAUGGACACCAUUUUCAGUCGGCAAAUAAUACGCAUUCAUGAAAGUACAAGGAUAUUCACAGGGAUUACAUGUCUGUUACAGCGUCUAUUGUCUCCCUCCGUCUCCUUUCUGCCCUCCUAAUUGUGUCGAACUUUGUCUCAUUUUUCUGUCAGCGUAGCAUGUUGAAUUGUCUCUGCAUGCUGUACUACUCUUCUGUAUAUCACGGCUUGUUGCAGACAUGAUCAUCACAAAACAUAUCAAGUUAUUUUGUUCUUUCUGAUCAGUGAGCAUGCCCUCUGCUGCCACUGUGUGGCCGCUUGAGGUAAUAGUCUGGAAACGAUGGGGUACUGAUUUAUGAAUGUGGCUAUCCCUCACUGUUGCAAUGUGCUUUGUGUAUUUGCUGCCAUGAUAUGUGUCAUGAAAACGCUAACGUCAGAAUGCUAAUAUUAGGUAGGUGUGUUACUAGGGGUCGUCUCUGUGUUGCAUUAACUCCUAUGUUUUUUCUUUUCUGUAAUGUUCUAUAAAACUAUUGAUGUCAGUGUUAUAUGUAUGGAUGUAAAUGACAGAUUUUGCUAUAUAUAUAUAUAGUCUAAUACAGUUUGUCUGGAAUAGGUGGGAGACUUGAAAAGGCRACGUCACAAUCAAAAUCAAUGAGAAUGUCGAACAGAUUUGUCCAUCAUGUCCUGUAUCUGAAGAUUGUAGCUCAUAAUGGAUGAACCACUUUUCCGCAUUUCUGAAAGCAUUUCCGAAGACCUCUUUGUCCAAAGCCUAUCUAGUCCACUAACAUAGAAAUGUACUGACUCUGGAAGUCUUGAAUGUGACAUUUUGAAGCAUUUUUUAUAUGUUUAUACAGUUUAUUUUYAUACACAUCGCCAUCUGCCAACUUGUAUAGAUUUGAUAACAGGUGUUCAGUAUUUUUCUACUGGGGCACAAAUGAUUUAUUACAUUAAUGGAAAGUUUAGGUUCACCCUCUCAGUUUUCAACCCAAAACCUCCACAAGAGCCACCCUGGGUCAAACCUUCUCGUUUUUGUGGUGGUCACUGUGUUGUUGCCAUACUUCUACAUACUGUGCACCAGCCCUAAUAAUACAGCAACGCUGUAAAGGUUAUUUAUUUUUUAAUAUUUGAGUCUUCUGAUUUUCAUCUCGUCAUUCUUGCGUUUGUCCAGUGUUCAUAUUUUCUUCAAUAGUUUUGUAUCUCAGAGAGAAGACUAUAUUUUAACUGUUAGAGUGCGUGAUGACGUUUGUAACCAAAGUGAGAGUAAAAUUUAAAUUAUAUGGUUUUGUUAGUUACCUAUAGUCUGACACACUGCACUUUGUUUCACAACAGUUCAGUUUUACCCUUAAGGAAACAGCAAGGUCUUAUUGCCUGUCAACUGGAGUUUGUAGUUCACACUUCCUCACGUUAUUUUUCUAAGAUUGUACGGGGUGAGAAUUGAAAAAAAAAAAAAGAAGUGACCAAAUGACCUGACUAGGAAUGAACUGUCUGUAGGUGCCAGUCUCUGUCUCAGCGGGUUUAUCACACCAGCCUUCUAUUGCAGAUCAGAAUGUCAAACUGCUUUUUCUAAGUCCAUCAGCACAACAGCAGGUGCUCAUCCAGUCACUCCUGAGCUUGGCAAAGGUCUGAAACAUCGACUGCUCUGCUCCGAGGAGCACACUUCAUAUCAUAGUACCUUUAGUAUGCCACUGUUUGUAUUACUAAACAGUUUUUGACAAAUUACUUGUUUUUUGUUUCGUUUUUGGAUAAAGAUUUUAAAAGUUCACAUGUUGACUUUUUGCCAGCCUGUCUGUAGCAAAUGAGGACAAAGCACUGUAUUGUCAUUCUGCUUGUAAUAAAGAAUGAAAGAGAAACGAA